AUGCUGGUUCCGCUGGUCUCCCCUGGCCCUGUAGCAUGCAGCGAGCAGCCGCCCCAGCAGCAGCAGCCCCUGGAGCAGCCGCCCCAGCAGCAGCAGCCCCUGGAGCAGCCGCACCAGCAGCAGCAGCCUCUGGAGCUGCCGCCACUACAGCGAGCAGCCGCCCCAGCAGCAGCAGCCCCUGGAGCAGCCGCCCCAGCAGCAGCAGCCCCUGGAGCGGCCGGCCCAGCAGCAGCAGCCCCUGGAGCAGCCGCCCCAGCAGCAGCCCCUGGAGCAGCCGCCCCAGCAGCAGCAGCCCCUGGAGCAGCCGCCCCAGCAGCAGCAGCCCCUGGAGCAGCCGCCCCAGCAGCAGCAGCCCCUGGAGCGACCGCCACUGCAGCAGCCGCCCCUGGCCCCUGCAGCAGCCGCUCCUGGACCCGGGUUUAA